AUUUGCUGCUACUGGAGCCUGGAGCGUUCUCUGCGUGAGCGUCCAUUCUUGUUACGACGUCGGUUGUGAAACGAUCAUUGCAAGGCAUCGAAUUUUUACGCGCGAGAAUUCAGAAAUAUAAUUCUUUUUUGUUUUCCAUCUUGUAUUUAACUGAUACAGGGAAAGAAUAAUUAUUGGUAAACUGUUUUCAAUACAAGCCUAAAAAUGUAUGGAAUGCUAUUGGAAAGUGUGCAACAUUUUGUGCAACAAGAAUAUGGCGACGAAAUUUGGCAAAAAGCUCUCGUAUUGGCCGAUUGUAAGUUUACCGUGUUCAACACUCAUCAAGUUUAUCCAGACUACAUCAUGAGCAACAUAGCUUCAGCUUUGGCUGAAUUAACUUCGAAAUCCUAUGACAGUUUUAUGAAUUUUUUCGGACACUGUUUUGUACGAUUUUUCAGCAACUACGGAUACGAUGCAACAAUAAAAGCAACAGGAAGAAAUUUCACCGAUUUUUUGGAAAACGUCGACAAUAUACAUUCUCAAUUCAGAUUGUCGUAUCCAAAAAUGAAAAGUCCCUCGAUGUAUUUGACUAAAGUUGAUCAAAACGGGUGCGUUUUGGUUUACAGAAGUAAACGAAUGGGAUUCACUCAUUACCUGAUGGGUCAGCUGGAUCAAAUUGCAACCGAAAGUUUCAAUCUAAAACUGGAAAGUCACGUGCUUAAAACCGAAACAAAUCAGGUGGAUGGAAAAACUAUCGUCAUUGUUACGUUUCGCUUAAACUUUGAUAAUACCCAAUACAUUUUAGCUAAACAAGUUAAAGAAGAAGCCCAUUUUCGUACCAUAAGCAACUUACCACCAUUUAAUUGCGAUUUACUCUUGGUCCUCUUUCCAUUUGCCGUGCUUUUCAGUCCUGCAAUGUCGAUUGUAGCUUGCGGAGAAAAAUUAGUACAAGUUGCUGGAGGAGGUGAGAAGCUUCUUGGAGAACCAGUUUUGAAGUUUUUCAGAUUGAGACGCCCCAAAGGAAUCUCUUUUACUUGGAAAAAUUGCUUUUACUUGAAAUCUGUGAUGUUUGAAAUCGAAGUACUAAGAACCGAAAUAGCCAGAGCAAAUGGAGAAAGUCAGAACCUCGUGGUGCAAGCGGCGGCAAAUCCGAACGAUUCUAUUGAAAUAGAUGGAAAAAGUAUUUCUCCAUAUACUAGCAGACGAGAUAGUACACCGGGAUUGAGGAAUAUUUUACUGAAAGGCCAAAUGUUAUAUUUGUCUGAUAUCAUCGGGAUUAUGUUUCUUUGUUGUCCAGUGGUUAAUGAUAUAGGAGAACUUCCCGAUCAAGGACUCUACUUGAACGACUUAAAUCCUCACGGCUUAGGCAAAGAAAUGGUGUUGGCAGGAUGGCAAAAUAACUCAAAGUUAGAGCUUAUGUUCGAUAAAGCUGAGCAAAGAGCCUCCGAACUGGAAAGCAAUCUGAGUUUAUUGGAAAUAUGGAAAAAACGCGGAGACGAUUUGCUAUAUUCGAUGAUUCCGAAAGCUGUCGCAGAAAAGUUAAGGGCCGGUAAUAGUCCUUUGGAUACUUGUCAGACAUUCGAUGCAGUUUCCGUGAUGUUCUGUGAACUAGUAGGAUUCAAUUCAUCCACAGUUGAGGAUGCCAUGGAACUCGUCAGUACCAUGAACGCUGUAUUUUCAUGUUUCGAUUCGCUAAUGGAUACUUUCAAUGUGUAUAAGGUGGAAACUGUGGGUCAAAUUUAUAUGGCAGUGUGUGGCGCCCCAGAACCAACCGAUCUGCACGCCCAAAAUAUUUGUGACGUUGCCCUGUGCAUGACGCGUCACGUUAAGCAACUGCAAAUUCCUUCGGGAACUAAAGUUGAUGUCAGGAUUGGUGUCCAUUCUGGGGCAGUGGUAGCAGGAGUGGUAGGAAUUAAAGUACCCAGAUACUGUUUCUUUGGCGAUACAGUGAAUACAGCUUCCAGAAUGCAAUCCACUAGUUCGCCCGGAAUGGUUCACUUAUCAGACUCAACGAAACAGUUAUUACCUAAAGAUAAAUACAUCAUUAGGAAUAGAGGCAAAGUUAAACUGAAGGGCAAAGGAGACGUGGAAACUUACUGGAUUUUUGAGGAUGAUCUAACAGAUGCGUUUGAUUAAAUCUUUAUUAUGAUGAGAAAACAUAUAGCACUUGUAUUUUUCUGUAAUUAGUUUAUUAAAUUUUCAGAAGCUUGAUUAUAAUAAAACAACAAGUUUCCUCAAAAAAUGAUUAUAGAUUAAACUCCUUCUGGAUUUCCCAACCAUGGAUAGUUUUUAGGACAAGGUACACAACUGACCAUGUAUCUAGUUUCACCAGUAAGUUUUUUCAAACUGCAAGUGUCUUUCACGCAUCCAGUAGUGAUACUCACUGCAUCUGUUUUGAAUUCGGAUACUGGCACGGGAUUUUUGAGCCAUUGGAUAACCUAAAAGUUUGACUUUUACUUUGUGUAACUUUGGGUUAGAUGCCGAAUACUUACUCUAGAUUGAGAUACCAAAAACACAGUUUUAUCUUCUUGAAUUCUGUCCAAGGCAUCUGUAAGUCCGGUCCACGAUUCGUUUACGCUACUGAAUAAUUUUUCUUCGAUAAUAAGCGUCAAUGGGGCCCUGUUUUUUAUUUUAACUGUUUCCACUUGUUUGACUAACCAAUCAGAAAUUUCUUGGGAGGUUUGACUGAAAAUUAUUUUCUAUUAAAUAGUUUCAAUGAAAGCGUAGAAAGCCUGUAUGAAUCCUUUAGUAAGGGCUACAGCAAUAUCAAUAAAAAAAUGCUUACUUGGAUCUUGUAUUGAAGCAAGCAGCUAAAGUAGCGCACAAAUCCCCAUCUUCGCUAGUCAAAUCCACAAUGGGAUUGAUCCAGAAGCCUGGAUGGGAUUCUUGAGGACAGUUUGCGCCGACGUCGCAAAUCUGAGUGGUGGCAUAAUCCAAAGUGUAUGGAAACAGCCUGUUUCUGGAAGGCCAAGAAUUAUCAUACGAAAAUCCUCGAGCCACAAAAGCGUUAAUGGAAUUGUCGCCGGCCAAUUGAAGUUGUGGUGUUAGAGUUCCAGUAAUGUAUUUUUCGGGAAUAUUGGCGAAUUUUGAAAUGAUUUUACGUUGGUCACCGAAUUCUUGUUCCAAAAGUGGUUGCGCGCCGUCCCUCCAGUAGUCUUGAUGAGGGUCGUUUCUACAAUAAUAAUUAUAAAUAUGAAAAUAAUAUUUUAAAAUGCAAACUACUCACGUUACUGAAUGUACGCCGAUUUCGAAACCAAUAGAAGCUAAAUCAUGAACGAUUUGGUAGUCACUGUAUUCGUGGGGUACGUAAAAAGUUGCCGAAGCAAAGUCACCAUCUGGAUUUUUUCUAGGCUCGAUCAAUGGAGACCAUCUUGAUUGGUAAAGUUCCGGUUUAGCAGCGUCGACAAAAGCUAAUACGAUAAGCUGUA